AUCAUCACGAUCGAAACUUAAGACUGCGCAUGUUGCGCAACAUCGCGACACUCACUUGUGAUCGGUGGAAAGCGCCCUCGGAUAUCCGAUACUCGUUGAUGAAGAGCUUCACGUAGUAGAAGCUGAAUAUGCUGUUGAUCAUGGUGGAACCCAAAGUGGUCAUGGCGUAGGCCAGAGCCGCCGGGUUGAGUCCCGGGCGGAGCGCCGAGCUUCGCGUCUGCCUCGCGCCGCCUUUCGCCUCCGCCGCCGCCGCCGCCGCCGCCGCCGCCGCCAUGCCGGCGCUCGCCCGACUGUCAGGUAGCCGUCAAACGCACUUUUUGCUGGCCAUCAUUAGUUACACAAAGUCAGGAAACUGAAACGGAACCACGUGUUCUUCCAUAGCCGAACAGUUGAAUUGUCAACAUUGAACAAGAUUGCAUCCUGCACACAAUUUCUGUCCAGCGGGCGGUGCGUCGAUCUGGGCCGCGUGUUGAUUGGUCGAAACGCUUCGCCCAUUUUACUUCCGGAAACGAUUAAUACCGGAAACGGAAACCCGGAACUUACGACCGACCAAAAAAUCUCUUCAACUUUUAUAACUUGCCGCUCUCUCACAACAUGGAAUGGGGGAAAGAAGACUGAAUUUUUAAAAGUUAUUUUCUUGCGCUUGCCAGCUGGCGGCUGAGGGACUUUUCUUGUCCUCGGUUAUUGAAAUGUAAAGUUUUCCAAUUCCUCGACGACUUUGUUUCUUUCCUGAACGCCCAAAGACUUAUGAAAAAUAGAAAUGCUAUUCAUUCUUGUAGAAUUGAGGAACAUAAGUGAAAAGUUCGAGCCAAUUUUCUUAUUUUAUUUUUAUCUUUUUUUUCUCCCCUCAAUAGUACGAUAAAAAAAAAUAAUAAUAAUAACUUGCUGAUUGGGCCGUAUAAAUACCGGAAACGGGAAGCUGGGCGUUUAAGAAUAACUUUUAAGAAUGAAUAUAUAUAUAUAUAUAUAUAGCACUUUUAUAAUUUCCCAUGACUUCAGAGUAUAAAACGGUAACAUAAACGAUUCAGAGCGUAGUGAUCAUAAUUAGUUUUCUAUCGGUCGCCACCUGGUGGUCGUUGUUGUGUGUUCGCGACGUGCCACGUGGCUCUCGUCAACACAAGGGGCGGACGCGGACGUGUUGCAAGUUGCGGGGGCAGAGCGAGCAGCUGAGGGCUUCUCUUCCUUUCUCCCACUCGUCCAAAUGUUGACUGAGGGGAUUCUGGAGGACGACGUGGACAAGAAUGGAGCUUCGUGGUGCGCUCAACGGGACCUCGAGCACGAUCUCCAUUUGGCCGCCAAGCUCGGCAAAACGCUUCUGGACCGCAACCGCGAGCUGGAGCAGGCGCUGCAGCAGAUGUACUCCACCAACCAGGAGAAGCUGCUCGAAAUAGAGUACCUAGCCAAGCAGGUGGAGCUCCUGCGUCACAUGAACGACCAGCACGCCAAAGUUUAUGAGCAGCUAGACCUUUCCACCAGGGAUCUGGAGCGGCGCAACAAGAGACUAGUGCAGGACGAACGCCUGGCCCAGAACAAGAUCAGCAGUCUGGCCGAGUCCGUAGACGGGCUUCGAUCGCACGUAGAGGGGCUGCAGAACCAGCUGGAGGCGCUCGUGUCCGCCCGUUCGGAGCGCAACAAACAAGAGCAGCGACGCGACCUCGCCGCGCAGAGCGUUUCCUGUCUGAAAGAGCUCUACGACUCGCGCCGUGACGGGUGUGUACCCAACGAUAGGCGACAAACGGAGGGAUCGUGGUCGCCGCAGAGAUCCGUCUCCGAUCGAGAUCGACGGCGAGACCCAGAAGAGGAGCACGAGACCCUUCUCCGCUCGGUCUACGCUCUCCGGGGUCAACUAGCGGCCGAGAAGACCCGUCGGGAGGCGGCGGAGCACGACGGCCAGCUCGCGGCCCAAGACGAGCUCGACCUGGAGCGGCGGCUCGCCCUGUCGGCGGGUUGCCGGGCUCGGCGGGCAGAGCUGGAGGUCCAAGUGGAGCAGCUGAGGCUCAUGUGGCGCGCCGACUGUGCCAGCAGCAGGAAGCCAGGCCAGCUACUCCUUCCCGACACAGUGUUCUUCACCUCGGAAAAUAAACCCCAAGAGGGCGACGGUGAGUCGGAGGAGGCGGACGAGGACCAGAAGAAGUUCCAACACCGGCGGCAGAGACGCAACAGCGACAGCUCCGCGAACGCAUCCGACGAUCACGACAAGAUGUGCGCGAGGCGAGCGGAUGUGGUGAAGCAGAGGGGCAUCUCGCUGCUCAAUGAGGUGGAUGCGCAGUACAGCGCUCUGCAGGUGAAGUACGACGAGCUGAUCCAGAGGUGUCAGCGGCCGAACGCGGGGCUGACCCACGAGUCGGUGCAGGCGUCCCGCGGCGCGUCCGCCGGCGCUCGCCCGGGCCGCCGACUCUCCGGCUCGGCCGGAGAACCGGCCGCCCGGUCGCAGGAGCCCGAGUACAAAGUCCUCUUCAAGGAGAUCUUCACCUGCAUCCAGAAGACCAAAGAAGACCUGCACGAGAAGCGGCUUGUCAGGGACGCGUCUGCCGUGUGAUCGUAUCGGUCGUGGUCCUGGAAUGUUGCGCCCUUUGUUGGUGUGUUUUGCUUUCAAACCCUGCGGGCGCUUCAGGCGUCUCCCGCACGGCACCGACUUUAUACUCAAACGCUUUCGGCAGUCAGCACUGAUCUUUUUUUUUUCUCCCUCAAUUACUUGAAAUAUUGACAGUAUUAAAAAAAAAAAAGGCAUUGUUUGUUUAGACCAGGGGUGGGCAACACAUUUCCUAUCAGGGGCUAUACCUAACAUUAUGAAAAAAGAAAUAUGAUGGAAAAAGUUCAUUAUUAUAUAGUAAGAGGAUUUCUGUCAUAUUUGUUUUGGUGCUUUUUAAAACCGGUGAGGUUUUAUUUGGUUUUGCGUCAAAAGUAUUUCAAUGUGUAGUGCUAAUCCGCAAGUUUCCCUCCCACGCGUAACACGAGAAAGCUGUCAUGUGAGACGAAAAGUUGGAAUGUUAUAAUAGGAUGAAAAGCUGAUUGUAAUAAUUCGCUUAUUGUAUUAUUAUCCUUUUUUGUUUUUGUACAGUGACACACUUUGGAAGAAGGCAACAUGAGCGCUUUGCACUUUUAUUUAUUUUGGACUAAUUUUAUUGAUGUUUUUGUUGCUUAU